AUGGCUUUCGAGGGAGCAGCUCUGGCCGAGAAGAGGAUUUGCCUGCUCAAACACAAGUAUAACGUCACCGCUUGUCAGAUUUAUCUGUUGGGCUUGAGCGAUGAGGAGCUGAAGGAGGGUAUUAUCAACUAUACCCGCCAAUUCUAUCUUCCUCUGACCGACCAUUGGUGGUGGAACACUUAUCUUGCAUUCCGUGAGUUCGGCGGGUUCAACUUCAAGAUCAAUGAUUUAAUUCGGGAGAGGAUUUCGUCUCUUGCCAACGCCGUAUGGAUCGUGCUGCCCCCGUUUGAAGACGGCAUGCGAGCAAGAGAGGUCGCCCUGCAGCCCUGGUUUCCAGGCAUUGGCUUAUCCGAGAAUACCAUGAUUACAUCGAACGUUUGGACUGCGCAGUACGCCAAGAUGAUGAGCUACUUCCGCAACGAGUCGCAUUGGCCCGCAGAUGUCGCGAAGUGGCUACGGCACAGUGACAUGAUGGCUUUGUUCUAUCCGGACGGAAGGUUGUUUUGA